AUGGGACGUGUCAUUAGAGCACAAAGAAAGAGCGGAGGAAUUUUCCAAGCUCACACUCGUCUUCGUAAGGGAGCCGCUCAGCUCCGUACUUUGGACUUUGCUGAGCGCCACGGAUACAUUCGUGGUGUUGUCCAAAAGAUCAUCCAUGACCCUGGUCGUGGUGCUCCUUUGGCUAGAGUUGCUUUCCGCAACCCUUACCACUACCGUACUGAUGUUGAGACCUUCGUUGCUACUGAAGGUAUGUACACUGGUCAAUUCAUCUACUGUGGUAAGAACGCUGCUUUGACCGUCGGUAACGUCUUGCCCGUUGGCGAAAUGCCUGAAGGUACCAUUGCCUCCAACGUCGAAGAAAAGUCUGGUGACCGUGGUGCUUUGGGUCGUUCCUCUGGUAACUAUGUCAUCAUUGUCGGCCACGACAUUGACACUGGCAAGACCCGUGUGAAGUUGCCUUCUGGUUCCAAGAAGGUUGUUCCUUCCGCCGCUCGUGGUGUCGUCGGUAUUAUUGCCGGUGGUGGUCGUGUUGACAAGCCCUUGCUUAAGGCUGGCCGUGCUUACCACAAGUACAAGGUUAAGCGCAACUGCUGGCCCAAGACUCGUGGUGUUGCUAUGAACCCCGUCGAUCACCCUCAUGGUGGUGGUAACCAUCAACACGUUGGUCACUCUACCACUGUUCCCCGUGGUUCCGUUCCUGGUCAAAAGGCUGGUCUUAUUGCUGCCCGCAGAAGUGGUCUCUUGCGUGGUGCUGCCGCUGUUGAGAACUAA